AUGCUCAACCAUCAGCCAGUGGAGAGAGAGAGAGAGAGAGAGAGAGAGAGAACGAGAGAGAGAGAGCUGACAAGGGUCACGGGAAGAUCUGGAGAAACCACUUGCCCAGAAAAAUCAUCCCCCGUCCACCACUGGAGCAGAAGAUUCGAAAGACACCGCGGUGCUCGUCGGUGGCCUGACACCCAUGAGAAGGAAGACCUGUAAACUCUUCACAGGAUUUCACAUCGGAACCGUUUGAACCUCCCACAUAAUGAAGGCAUUCAGCAUUGCAGUUGCAGUGACACUCGUGCUCGCCUUUGUUUGCAUUCUGGAGAGCUCUGCCGUCCCGUUCCCUGGGGUGCAAGAGCUGGAAGAGGCAGGGAGCAAUGACACUCCAGCCGCGGCACAUCAAGAGACGUCAAUGGAACCGUGGACGGUGCCGAGUCACAUCAGGCAGAAGCGACAGAGCCACAUCUCCCUUUGCCGCUGGUGCUGCAACUGCUGCAAGGCCAACAAGGGCUGUGGCUUCUGCUGCAAGUUCUGAGGAUAACCCGCAGGAGCCUCGAAAUAUUAAUUUAUUGUGCGUUUUUUUGGGGGGUCAUUUCUUGGCCUCUUUUUCUAAUUUUGUAUCGUUUUUAAAAGAGGUACGAUUCAUGGAAGAGCACUUGAAAUAAACGCAGAGCUGCUCUGUGUA